GGGCCUUACCGCUCCCUAACUGCAGCCCCGCCUGCUCACGGCCAUGUUCUACGCUGCCUCCCCCCACAGAGUGAGGACAGCCCGAGCCCCAAGCGACAGCGCCUAUCGCAGCAGUCGGUGCUGGAGCGCACGUCGGCCCCACCCUCUACGCCGCCGCCCAUGCGGCCCUGGGAGCUGCCCCCCAGCCGCCGCGCCCACCCCUACCCCCACCCGCAUCCGCACUACCCCCCUGAGCGCUGCCGCCGCAGCCCCCCAGCCAGACGCCAGCGCGGCCGCCGCGAGCGCCUCUCGCGCCACCACCCCCCCCACCACGCCGCCGCGGGGAGCGGCCAAGACGAGAAUUUCCGGCACCCGCACCACCCGCCCGCCCCCCACCAGAGCUACACGUACGGCCAGCCGGGGGCGCCGGCGGGCAUGGAGGAGCCGCGGGCAUUCCACCCGCCCACGCUGUCCCCGCGCCUGCUGCACCCUGCUGCCCACUCCCAGCAGCCCAGCGCCGUGGUGGUCGACCUGCACGACCAGCUGCAACAGGGCACAGUGCCGGUCUCCUACACCGUGUCUCCAGUGCCCCACCACGGCCUCCCCCCUCCCCUCUGCAACGGGCAGCACCUCCCCACAUGCUCCUCCCAGCAACAAGUUGCCUGUGGCUCUGUGGUCUUCAGCGGUCAGCACUACCCCGUCUGCAGCGUCCCCCCGCCCAUGCUGCAGGCUUGCUCGGUGCAGCACCUCCCGCUGCCCUACCCCUUCCCCUCUCUCCUGUCCAGCGAGCCCCCCUUCCUGCUGCAUCCGCCCCACCUGUCUCACCACCCGCCCCACCUGCCCCCGCCUGGGCAGUUUGUGCCCUUCCAGGCUCAGCAGUCACGCUCGCCUCUGCAGAGAAUCGAGAAUGAAGUGGAGCUCCUUGGCGAGCACCUGUCGGUGGGCGGCGGCUUCAGUUACCCCCACUCUGCCCACCCCAGCACCAUGCCACCCUCCACCCCGCUGCAGUUCCUCCCCCACGAGCCCCUCCCGCAUGAGCUCUUUGGAGUGCCGUACCCCCACUUCAUGCCCCGACGGAUCACCAGCCGCCGCUUCCGUUCCCAGCAGGCCGUGCCGCCCCCACCAUACCAUCCCAACUUCCUGCCGUACUUCCUGUCCAUGCUUCCCGUACAGCCCACUGUGGGCCCCACCAUCAGCCUGGACCUGGAUGUGGACGAUGGGGAGGUGGAGAACUAUGAGGCCCUACUGAACCUAGCGGAGCGGCUGGGGGAGGCCAAGCCCCGGGGGCUGACCAAGGCCGACAUCGAGCAGCUGCCCUCCUACCGCUUCAACCCCAACAACCACCAGUCGGAGCAGACUCUGUGCGUCGUCUGCAUGUGCGACUUCGAGUCCCGGCAGCUGCUGCGCGUCCUGCCCUGCAAUCACGAGUUCCACGCCAAGUGCGUCGACAAGUGGCUCAAGGCUAACAGAACGUGUCCCAUCUGCCGGGCAGAUGCGUCUGAGGUCCAGAGGGACUCGGAGUGACCACAAGGCGCGGCAAGCUCAGCACCAACCUGCCCCAGCAUCCAUGUGUAUAUAAAUUCCCACACCCCUCGUCACUCCUAACCUUCAUGGACGCACCCCCCCCCCCUCAAUUCCACUGACUUACACACAUAAGCAUCCAGUGGGUAGAUUUUCUUUGCACUGUAUUUGUUUUGAGUUUUACAUAUAAUAUUCAGUUGACCUGCAGACAACUAACCAAGCGAGAAUCUUCAGAUUUCUUUGCAUAAACUGUGUGAUCAGAACUUGAGAGCGUUUGGGUCAUUUUUGCAUUUGUUACGGUCUAGAUCUCUCCCGCCUUGCUGUGUGCACGCCGACGACCCGGCACACUCGGCUAUAUUCGCCUUUUCGAUCUGCUUUCCAUAGUCUGAGCGUCGUACACUGUUGCAAGGGAAUGUGAUCCCGCAUUUUGAGGAAAGAGCGGAGCCCUAUCGAAAGCAGCCGUCUGUCGUCUUGUCAUGGCGCAGCGGCAAGAUCAGUGCCCCCCCUGUAGUUCCCGUCUAGUGUAACGUGCUACGCAGCUUAGCGGUUCCUAGGAGCUGGAGUUAUCAGGAAUACUGUGUGAUAUUUUGUUUGUAACAUGGGCACAUGCGACAUGGUGAUUGUAGUGCAGUCCACUGGUUCCUGCUUCCUGUUAAGAUGGAGACUUUGGGCCGGACUUGGGAGCCCGUGUAUGUGUCCGCCACACUGCUUCGAUCUCUAAUCCAUUUUUGUCCCGCUGCCUUGGCCCAGUCCACCUGGGAGAGCUUCUGUCAAGCUCUUCCUCCAAUUUUGAGUCUGCUGUUCUGACUCUCAUCUGCACAGUGGUUUUUGAUUUCGUCGACUGAGGCUAAGCUAGAGUGUCGGACGCCAGCUUGGGGAGGGCGAUCAGUUCUCGGAAAAGCUGUCAAAUGACGGUUUGGGGCCCGAGUUUUCACUUGAGGGAGUCCCAAGUAAGACAUGCACAGCAUCACAGAAACAAGAUGGCCGCUGCCUCUCGUCACUGCCAAAGUCAAGCGGGAAUCAUGAAGAAGUCAUUCACGGUUGAGUGGUAUCAUGUAUCUCCGGUCAUGUUUAGACAAAGGCACAUAACGGGUGAGGCUCAGCCUUGUCAACACGUAUAACAAACGUUUGCCGUGGAAAAGGGAAGUUCACCUUCUAAUGUCAGUCAGACACCCCGGGCCUGAACCGUGAGGUCUGCCUGUUGGGACUCGCUCUCCGGAGUGCGAUUGGAACUCGGGGCACACCACAUCACGAGCACGGGUGGAGCGUUUGCCAUCAUAAGAUGACCAUCUGCCGUUCCCAAUGUUUCAAAUGUUUGUUUAGCUGUUUGUUUGUUUCACGAGUGCGGCCACUCAACUUCCAACCUAGACCAGUGUUCAUCAGCCUGGUUCUCUGCUACCCCCAGACAGUCCACAUUUUUGCUCCUUAGCAUGAGCUGGGAGGGAACAAAAACAUGGACUGUCUGUGGGUCCCUGAGGUCUGGGUUGAGAAACACUGACAUUGACCCAUUACCCCUUAACUACCCCACACUUUUCCUCUGCCCUAUUUUUCGUUCCGUUAGUCCCUAUUCACCUGCCCUGGAUCAGUCUUCUCCCUCAGUGUCUUUAGUUUAAACUAAUCUCCAAUAGCAGCCUGCAGUGUCUUAUUACGGAUGCCUUUUUGAGCUCACGUUAGCAUCGGUUACUGUGGUAAUAGGAAAUAUACCAUUCCUAUCCCGACACUGAACCUUUAGGUGCCCCGGGUGUUACCUUGUCGUCGUAAAUGUUUUGUUUUUAUUGAUUUUUUUUUUUCCCUGCUUGGUACACUUGCAGUUACCUCAUUUUUACUAUUUAUAUUUUCAGAAUUUGCUACCAGUAUCAGCUUUUUUUUUUUUUUUUCUUUUCUGGUUUCGUCCCUUAAAAUACACGACUGUAUCAUUUAACAUGCUGUUGUAGUUUCAUAUAUGUAUUAUAUCUGUAACCAAAAUAAUUUGAAGGCUUGAUAUAAAUCUUUUUAACAAACAUUUGUACAUUUUUUAUGAGAGUUAUUACUAGUAAUGCUUUACUAAGUAGUGCAAUGAAUUUUUAUUUUUAAUCCCUGUGCCCAAUUUUUUGGAUUUGAGAGGAUGGUUCAAUAAAUGUAUAAUGUACACUUCGAA